AUGGGGAGAAAGCAGGAUGAGAAGGAGGCUUACGGGAAUUCGGCCAAAUAUGACCCCUCUUUUCGAGGCCCCAUCAAAAACAGGGGCUGCACAGACAUCAUCUGCUGCGUCCUCUUCCUGGUCUUCAUUUUGGGUUAUAUCAUAGUGGGGCUUGUGGCCUGGGUGUAUGGAGACCCUCGACAAGUGCUAUACCCCAGAAACUCCACGGGGGCCUACUGUGGCGUGGGUGACAACAAGGAUAAACCGUACGUUCUAUACUUUAACAUCUUAAGCUGUGCAGUGGCCAUCAACGUCAUCUCCAUCGCUGAGAAUGGCCUACAGUGCCCCACACCCCAGGUGUGCGUCUCUUCCUGCCCACAGUCCCAAUGGGCAGUGAGAGUGCCGCAGUUCUCAAAGACAGUCGAUGAAGUUUAUAAAGAAAACAUAACAUUUUGUCUACCCACGGUGUCCCCAAAUAUGACAGUGAGUGACAGCCUGCAGAAGGAUCUCUGUCCCAGUUUCCUUCUUCCUUCUACUCCAGCUCUGGGACGUUGUUUUCCGCUCCCCAACACCAACUUCACUUUACCUGAACACUUACAGAUCAAUAACACCACCGUCUCUAACGGAAUCAGUGGCCUCCUGGACAGCAUCAAUGCCCGGGACAUCUCUGCGAAAAUCUUUGAAGAUUUUGCCCAGUCCUGGUACUGGAUUCUCGUGGCGCUGGGCGUGGCCCUGGUGCUAAGUCUGCUGUUCAUCCUGCUCCUGCGCCUGGUGGCGGCACCCUUGGUGCUGCUGCUGAUUGUGGGGGUGCUGGCUGUGCUCGCCUAUGGCAUCUACCACUGUUGGGAACAGUACCGAGUGCUGCGGGACAAGGGAGCCUCCAUCACCCAGGUGGGCUUCACUACCAACUUCAGUGCCUACCAGAGUGUAAAGGAGACCUGGCUGGCUGCUCUGAUUGUCCUGGCUGUCCUGGAGGGCAUCUUGCUUCUCAUGCUCAUCUUCCUGCGUCAGCGGAUCCGGAUCGCCAUCGCUCUGCUGAAGGAAGCCAGCAGGGCUGUGGGACAGAUGAUGUCGACUAUGUUCUACCCUCUGGUCACCUUCGUCCUCCUGGUCAUUUGCAUUGGUUACUGGGCCGUGACAGCUUUGUACCUGGCUACAUCCGGGCAACCGCAGUACAUCUACUGGGUGUCCAACACCAGUACACCAGGCUGUGAGAACGCUCCUGUGAACGCAUCCUGUGACCCCAUGGCCCCACUGAACUCCUCGUGCCGAGAGCUCAUGUGCGUCUUCAAGGGCUACUCGACCACGGGCCUAGCCCAGCGUUCUCUCUUCAACCUACAAAUCUAUGGGGUCCUGGGGCUCUUCUGGACAGUUAACUGGGUACUGGCCCUGGGCCAGUGUGUCCUUGCUGGGGCCUUUGCCUCCUUCUACUGGGCCUUUCACAAGCCUCAAGACAUCCCCACCUUCCCCUUGGGCUCAGCCUUCAUCCGAACACUCCGUUACCACACUGGCUCCCUGGCAUUUGGAGCCCUCAUCCUGACCCUUGUGCAGAUAGCCCGGGUCAUCCUGGAAUACAUUGACCACAAGCUGAGAGGGUCCCAGAAUCCUGUGGCCCGAUGCAUCAUCUGCUGCUUCAAGUGUUGCCUCUGGUGUCUGGAAAAGUUCAUUAAGUUCCUCAACCGCAAUGCCUACAUCAUGAUCGCCAUCUAUGGGAAGAAUUUCUGUGUCUCGGCCAAAAAUGCCUUCAUGCUUCUCAUGAGGAACGUUGUCAGGGUGGUCGUUCUGGAUAAAGUCACUGACUUGCUGCUCUUCUUUGGGAAGCUUCUGGUGGUUGGAGGUGUCGGAGUCCUGUCCUUCUUCUUUUUCUCCGGUCGUAUCAAGCUAGGGAAAGACUUUGAGAACCCCAACCUCAACUAUUAUUGGCUGCCCAUCAUGACCUCCGUCAUGGGAGCUUACGUCAUUGCCAGUGGCUUCUUCAGCGUCUUUGGAAUGUGUGUAGACACUCUUUUCCUCUGCUUCCUUGAGGACCUAGAGAGAAAUGAUGGUUCCCAGCAGCGGCCAUACUACAUGCCCAAGGCACUCCUGAAAAUUCUGGGCAAGAAGAACGAGGCACCCAUGGGGGGAAAGAACAGGAAGAAGUGAGAGACUCGUGGUGACCCAGGACCGCAGCUCUCCUGUACACAAGCCCUGCCACCGAUGCCUUGAGAAUCACCGUUUUGUAGAAAACAGAUUUUAUUAAAGAUCAA